UGCGGCCCAUGUCUCAUCUUCCCGUGCAGGACUCUCUGGCUCGAAGAUAAAUAUCAGUCACUGGGAACUGGGAGAAUUCCCUCCAAGGAUUUGGCAUUGGGAGUGAUGUUCUUAUUACAGACUACAGUUGGUAUCUUGGGGAACUUUUCUCUUCUUUUCCAGUAUACCUUCCUUUACUUCACUAAACGCAGCUUACGGUCCACAGAUUUGAUUCUCAAGCACCUGACUGUAGCCAACUCCUUGGCCAUUCUCUGUAAAGGAAUCCCAAAGACUAUGGAAGGUUUUGGGUGGAAAGAUUUCCUCAAUGACGUUGGAUGCAAACUUGUUUUCUAUGUUCACAGAGUGGGCAGGGGAGUGUCCUUUGGCAGCACCUGUCUCUUGAGUAUCUUCCAGGCCAUCACCAUCAGCCCCAGGAACUCCAGGUGGGCAGAGCUUCAAGUGAAAGCUCCCAAAUACAUGGGCUUCUCCAUUGUCCUGUGUUGGAUCCUCCACAUGCUGGUAAAUAUCAUUCAUAUUACAAAUGUGACUAGCAAUUGGGGCAAUAAAACCAUCUCAAACAAAAAAGACUAUGGACGAUGUUCUUCUGUGCGUCAUGGCCAAACUGCAGACCUCCUAUAUUCAUUAUGGAUAGCAUUGCCUGAUAUUGUGUGUUUGGGACUCAUGCUCUGGUUCAGCGGCUUCAUGGUUUUCAUCCUGUACAGACAGAAGCAGUGGGUCCGACACAUUCGUAGGAACAAUGUCUACCCCAGAUCUUCCCCUGAGACCAGAGCCACCCAAACCAUCCUUAUACUGGUGAGCACCUUUGUGUUUUUUUUACCCUCUCCUCCACCUUCCAAGUUUUUAUAGAUGUUUUUUAUACUCUCAUUUGGAGGAUGUUGAACAUGGAUGCACUAAUUUCUAUGUUUCCCAACUGUCAGCCCCUUAGUUCUCAUGAGCUGUGACUCCAGUGUCUCCAUGCUCUGCUUUGCCUUGAUAAGGAAGACAAAACCCCCUCAUCCUAUCCGAAAUACCUAAUUGUGUGUUUUUGCACAAGGCUCAGUUGUUAAUUUAUUCGUCUUACAGAAUUCAAGCACAUAUGAAAUAGUACAGUAUGAUCUCUUUUUUAUUUUAUAUAAAUUUCAUUAUUGUUUUGACUUUAUCCGUGCUUUUUGAGAAA